UUUAGCACUCGAUCCGUCCUUUGUUUGACCGAAAUCCCUCAACAUGCCUUCACGCCUACUACCGGGGCAAAAGCUCUUUUUUCCCAACGUUGUUUUCCGACUCCUCCGCUCCAACCUCCCACCCCACCAAUGCGUUUUCCGCUGCCCACCCCAGCUAAACAAAAUAGAUAUAACAUCAUACCUGCAAAACCUGUAUAAUAUUACAGUUACCGACGUUCGAACAAUGAACUACUUGGGCCGGACGUACAAAACUCGUUACGGGGGCCGGGAAACAACAGCAAACUAUAAAAAGGUUAUAGUUUCCAUGGAAGAGGAUUUCAAUUUCCCACCACCUCCACCAACAAAGCUUGGCGCUUCUGUGGAGGGUGAUGCGGCAAUCAAGUUGCCACCACGAGGCUCAUUUGGAAGGAACUCUGCAAACAAGUAUCGACACAAGAUCGAGGAGGGCCGACCAAAGGGCGUCGGAGGCCAUGUGAGAAAGGCGAUGGAGGUUGCAAAGGCGGCAAAGGAGGCGACGAAGGAGGUAGCAUAGGUACAGGCUGGCAUUUAGACGCAUUGUUUACAGUAACAUUGUUUAUUUCGCAAACUCUACA